CGCACCGCCAUCGCCAGUGCGCUCUUGACGGCGGCACAGUGCGCACGACUCGUGCCUGCGCUCCCAUACGCGUGUGCUGUGCUGUGAAACAUCGAACAUUUGAAACUGGACACUCGACGUCCCUAACCCAGACACUGAUUCAAGUUGAUGUAACUGAUACUCAGUGUCGACAGGACGAAGCGACUCUAAAAAUGUGAAUAUAACAAACUAACAGUGCGUGAGUGGCCAUGUUACCUCAGCUCUACACUUACGCUCAUUACUGAUUGCUGAACAUUUGAUGCCUGUGACAACAGUGCCAACGACCUCAUGAUAUUCUGCACUAGAUAAUUGGGAGCAAAAAUGGAGAGCAGAGUUGGCCUCGAUUAUAUCGUUGAGCACGCAGAAUACGCCGGUAAACUCGCCGCCGCCCUCACCAGUCCGCACGCCCCGGUCAAGAAACAGGUGUUCGAGCUCCUGUCGGCACUAUGUGUGUACAACUCUGAAGGAUACUCCAGAGCUGUUGAGACACUUAAUGAGCACAAGUCGUUAAAGGGGGAGAGGUACCGGUUGAGUGUAGUGGUGGAGGAGCUGAAGAGCGCCUCUUCCACCGACUACAAGACGGCGCUGGUGGCUUUUGUCAACUGUCUGAUCAUCUCCGCUCCGCGCUUGCCCGAUCGCAUCCGCGUGCGCAACGAAUUCAUUGGUCUAGGUCUUCUGCCGACUCUAAACAAUUUGAGGCACGAGGCUUCAAGUCACCCGGACCUAGGCGUGCAGCUGGAUGUUUUCGAAGAGCAGCGCGAGAGCGACGAGGCGCACGGCCCCGGCGGCAUCAACCUCAACUCUCACCUUGAUGUCUUCUACGCUAUACUCAAACAGGUUGCCGAUACUCCUCAAGAGAUUCCGUUUCUGAGCAUUCUUCAACACCUGCUUCGCAUCGAUCCGAAGGAACCGGUGAGCGACAUCGUAUGGGACACGGCCGAAACGCUGGUGCACCGCGCCACGCUACUCGAGUCCAGGGAGGAUGCUGCUAAGUUACUGCGGGCGCCCAGUGUGCAAGCAAAAGUUGGUUGCACAUGUCAGCACAGGGAUCCCUCGAGCGCUGGUCGGAAGCAAAGUCUACAGCGAGCGUUGUCACCACCUCCGCCUCCGCCAGCUUUUGUCAUCCCAGCAGGUGUCCCACCACCGCCUCCGCCGGACCCCGUAAUACCUCCUCCACCGCGAGGGCCGCCGCCUCCUCCUCCACCCGCGCUGCCCGCGCCUUGCUCGCCCUGCCCGCCGUCGCCACCGGCGCCCACCGCCGACGUGAAGUUGCCCCAGCAAGAGACACCUCUUCCCAAGACCAAGAUGAAGACCAUCAACUGGAAUAAGAUCCCAAAUAAUAAAGUGAUAGGCAGAAACAACAUCUGGUCGCUGGUGGCGUCCAGCCACAAACACUCGCCAAAGACCGAGCUAGACUGGUCCGAGAUCGAGGGCCUCUUCUGCCAACAAGUACAGCCGACCGGCUCCGCCGGGUCUUCCCCGCGGCUCGGCCGCAGCCCCAUCUGCGGCCACUCCGGCGAACGGAAGCCGAGGAAAGAGUCAUCCGAGAUCACGCUCCUGGACGGAAAAAGGAGUCUCAACGUCAAUAUCUUCUUGAAACAAUUCCGAAGCUCUAACGAGGACAUAAUCCAGCUGAUCCGCGAAGGUGCGCACGACGAUAUCGGUGCCGAGAAGCUGCGCGGCCUUCUUAAGAUCCUUCCCGAAAUCGACGAGUGUGAAAUGCUCAAAGCGUUCACCGGUGACGUCACGAAGCUCGGCAAUGCCGAGAAAUUCUUGCUGCAACUAAUUCAGUUACCCAACUACAAACUGCGUAUAGAAUGCAUGUUGUUGAAAGAAGAAUGGGCGUCGACGGCGGGAUACCUGGAGAGUGCCAUCAACGCCAUACUGGUGGCUGGCGACGACCUCAUGUCCUCUAGAGCGAUACAGGAGGUUCUGUACCUGACGUUGAUCGCGGGCAACUUCUUGAACGCGGGUGGGUACGCGGGUGGCGCGGCGGGCGUCAAGCUCUCUUCGCUGCAAAAACUCUCCGACAUCAGAGCUAACAAGCCCGGAGUUACUCUCGUCCACUACGUGGCCAUGCAAGCCGAACGUAAGAACAAAGAACUAAUUCACUUUGCCGAUGACACGAGGGUGCUAGAAGAAGCUGCGAAGGCGAGUGUCGAGCAAAUCCACAACGAAAUAAAAACCCUUGAACAUCGCAUCACUGUACUUGAGAAGGAAAUCCAGCUUCCUAUCACGCAGCCUGAUAUCAAAGAGCAGAUGGGCGACUUUCUGCAGGUUGCCCAGCAAGAGGUGUCAGCCCUCAAUAAGGAUAUGGAGGAAGUGGAAAGCAUGCGCAAACAACUGGCCGAUUUCUUCUGCGAAGAUCCUGUGGCAUUUAAGCUUGAAGAGUGCUUUAAGGUCUUCGUAUCGUUCUGUACGAAGUUUCGGUCGGCCGUGGCAGACAACGAGCGGCGUCGUGCCAACGAGGAGCAGGCAGCUGCGCGCCGCCGCGCCAGAGACGCCGCUGCUGCCAAAACCAGAACUGCUCAGGGCGGCAGCGUGUGCAGCACUCCGGUUUCGGAGUGCGAAUCGCUGAUGGAGUCAUUGCUGCUGGACAUCAAGAACGGGCUCGGCCGCCGCUCGUUGCGCCGCCCGCACGACCCCUCGCCGUCUCCUGACGUGACCCCGACGGGCAGCCUCCGGCGUCGCAGCCGCGCCAGUCCGGGAGAUGACGAAGAAGGUCUACUGGAGUUCCUGCGGCACUCCUCGCCUGCCGCCAACGACUUGCGGGAGCGCAGCGCGUGGGGCAGCCUCGAUCGUUCGUGGUCUCGCCGUGCGCCAGUCCGUGCUCGCCUCGAAAUUCCGGACCGCGAGAGAGACAGAGAAAGGGAAAGAGAGAGGGAGCGUCCUUCCUCCCCCCGAGCCCCACCGUCCCCCGCGCCACAGCCCGAACCACCUACUAAACCUAAGGAGUGGCGACAGAAGAUUGAACUGUGGCUGCGUGCCAACAGCCAAGAGGAAAAACGAGACGCCGAACUACGGGAGCGAGCGAGAAAACUACAAGCGAAUAGGCGCUCCUUGGAAAACGAUUCCGAGAGCGAACGAAGCACAACACUCGACACUCUGCCGGAGGGGCGUACGGAAUGGCGACCUGCGGUGUUGCCUGACAGCGACGUCGUUAAGGCCAUCGAGGCGGUCGAAAACGUACAGCCGCAGACGAAGGACAGGGUCCCUUGGCGGAAGACCGAAGAGAAUGAAGAGAUGAGGCGUCUUCGGCGACAGAGGUCACGUCAGCAAAUAGAAUCUCCACAGGUCCUUGUCUCAAUCUCCGAAGAAGAAAAACGCAAAGUACCCGAUAUCAGGGUCACCAACGAAAAGGAAACGCGUAUUGAUAAGGACCGGGUGGAGAUCGACUCUGAUAAUAUAGAAACUCCACCGGUGCAAAGAAAAAUGUUCAAUCCUCCGCCUGAGAGGGAGCCAUGCAGGAAAUUUCAACCGUCUUUAUCGAGCAAGGUGAAUAUGAAGGCCACUACCGAGAUGAGAGAUUUGUGUCAAGAAAUAUUAGGAGAUGGCCAGUUUGAUAGAUUCUCAGCGGCCCGGAGAACUAGAAGGUACAAACGACCUACAGAUAGCUCUCCCGAGGAUGAGAAGAAGCCCGACAGUCCUACAGAAAUAGUUUGCGAUUACCAAGUUAUUAGACCAUCUAAACUGGAAAUCCAAUCUUCGUAUUCCGUGGAAACGCCGGAGAACUCUACUAAACCCAUGGACGAAAUCAAAGACGAUAAGGAGAACAGGCUCAAACGGUGGCAAGAGAGACUUAAAAGCCAAAGUACAGAUAAAACUCCAACCAAAGAAACUAAACAUCCGUAUUCAAGAAUGAGGCGACAAACAUCUAUAAACCAGGAAGAUGUGCAGAAGGCCAUCCGCGAGCUCAAAUCACCCACUGAAACGCCCACUGGCGUUUGGUCUAGAAACGCAUAUAGAAAGUCGCUAAAUGGAAAAACAGAUCGAGGUCCAACGGUCGAAAGAACGACCUUACCUCGUAUCUCUAAAGUGAAGAGCGAGCACGAAUUGAACGAUGAAGGUUUUGAGGAAACCCAGAGUCUGAACUCCGAAAGCGCGUCUCAAGGAGCAUCGUCAGGGUGCAACGUGGAAUGCGAUUCUCCCAUUCCAAAGGCGACGAAAACUGAUGUUCCAAAGAAAGUUUCAACCAAAGAAAGUAAGACUCCUCCGAGAACGCCUAUGGAUCCGAAGCGUGUAGGGCCCAAAAGAGCAAGUUCAUUACGGGUGGAGCGGUCGACGUCGCGAGCUUCACUGCGCAGUUCUAGGAGCUCGCUUAACAGCGCCGCGUCUGUGUCGACAGUGAAGCGUGCUCCGGUUCCGGCUCCGGUCCGAACUGCACCACGUCCGGUCCCAAGACCUGUUGCUCGGGCUCCAGCUUCGCGGUCUUCAUCGAGUGGUAGCUCAGUAGGUGCAGCUCGUCCACCAGCAAAGGCGUUGAACCGGACCUCAGGUUUUAUGCGUCCCACGCAAGCUUCAAAGGGUCGUGGGAACGUGGCCCCCACACCUCCACCUUUUCGGACCAGUGUCAAGUAAACUGUAUGAUUUUUUAUGACUAUAUACCAUGUAGAAAGGAGACCAACAAACUUUGCCAGAAGAUAUUAUUAAAAGAUAUUAUUAUGCAUUCAAGACAUAAAGGAAAAUAUUAACAUUCAGUUAGAACUUCUUUGGCAGCAAUUCUUAUUUUCAGACAAUAGACAAUGUUUGCCAAAUUAAUCUUAAACGUGGUGUAUACAGGCAUAUAGUGGAUUUUCAAGUUUUUAAUUUAAAAUAUGAUAAGUAUUGAUAAAAGUGAAAUUAUUGGAAUCUUCAGAAUAUUACAGGCGCGCAGUAUCUCAUCGCAAAUCUGAAGUUUCCAAUGACUGAUUAAUUUUAAAUAUCUUUCUAGAUCUGUAUGUAACGUAGAUGAUAGGAAAUAUUAUGCGCCUUUGUGCUGUUACAUAAUGUACUAUCUGUCCCGUGCAUAAUUUAUUACGAUUUUGAAAUUUAUACCUUUGUUUAUUUUAUUUUAUUAAUUAAUUAAUGUGCCACGAAUAGUACGGGUAUUUUGAACAUGUUGGAAUUACGAUAUUUUAUAGUUUUGAGAUCUGGAUGUUCAGCGGAUUCUCACGGAAAACUCGAUAGAAAACGGCUAAGUGCGCCUCCGCUGGUCUUGCGCACCUACCAGGGCCUAAAGGCAAGAGAAUAUCACUUGGGAUUAUCGGCAUAAUUCGAAGUAUUGUUUGGUUUAACGCGUAAAAUGUAAUCAUAUUUGAUUGUAAGCAAUACCUCUGUUCGUGAGUUUUCGCCUUUUUAGUAGUGUAGUACCAAUAUACCAGUAAAUUCAGUCAUUAACUUCUGUAUCGGAACUAAUAUUAGUGUAAUAUUUAGAAUAAUAAGUGUAGAUCGUUGUAGAUGAUUUUGAGACGUAGCUAAAUCUGAUCUGAUUUAUACGUAAUAGUCGGCAACUAAAUCUUGAUCAAAAAUCUGAAGUGUCACAAAGGCGGUCAUAUGCCGAAUUUUCAUUUCGCUGAAGGAAAAUAAAACAAAAAUUGUUUUUUAAGUUUUAUUUUAACAC